UAUUCAAUUUUCAUGUAAUUCAACUAGUUAACGUAUUUAGCCGGUGUACUUCUUUUGUCUCGUGUACCGGCAGCCAUUUCAGCUAUGCAUUGUGUUCUCGAAUGCUAUAUGUUAAUUCACCUUGAGUCAAGUUAGCUUUUUGAGUACAUUCGAAUAACUCGCAAAAUUACAUGUAAUAAUGCGGAUAUUCAAUCCGUCUCGGCGUCUCAUUUUAGUCAUGUCAGAUGUGGCGACGCGGCCGUAAAGUUGCCCAUUGUUCUUAUUUCCUAACACCGAAACACAAAAUAUGAAACGCGUAGAAAUUUAAUUUACAUGUUUUCGAUGAUCCGGUGAUGAUUUUUUUCUUUCGGUGAAGUUAGAUCAGAUUCUGCGAUGAAUUUUAUGUCGUUAUUGUUCGAUUGUGUUAGUUGGCGGGAAAUGGGGAAGGAGAAAUUCGGCGUCAUUGUGAAAAAAUUCGAAGUUUUUGUUGUCACAAUGUAACGUAGGUAGGUAGCGUAGUUUUUAAAAGUUUUAAAUCACGGUGUUGCAAAUGGUUUUUAAAUGUGAUUGAAUUAUAGAUUUACUCGUAAGAUGAAGUGAUCGAUGAACGUAUGUAUCCAAUCCACUUUUGAAUAGUACAGUACUUCAUGUCCAGUGUAACAACACAAACAAUGCACGUUGGCGGUGUAUGUAAAAAAAUGUCGAUUUUGCAAGUGUACGAAGAAAUACUCGCCGAAUAUAACGAAAUGAUGCAACGUAUUCGGCGAAACGAAGAAAUUUCUGUCAAUUUGGCAUAUGAAAUACAAAAAGAGUUGCUUCGAAUGAGUGAAAUUUCUGGCCAAGAUGAUAGUUUAAAGGACGUGUACAAGAGUAUCCAAAGUAAAGAAGAAAUCAUGAAGAAGUUUUCUAACGAGAAUUUCGAUUCACUGAACAUCCCGGUAUCUGAAUAUCAUUCAUUGAAAGAAACCAUCCAGUCUGCUUCGAAUUUACUGGAAAAAGUAUCAGCCGAGUUCCAAGAACUUACUUCGAUUGAUAACGAAUCUAAGGAUCGAGAAUAAUACUAGUAGGUAGUUGGAGUUUAAAUUAACUAAGUAGGUAAUCAACAGAAUCAACUGUAAAUUCUAUUCGCAUUAUUAUUGAAUUAUUUAUUCAAGCCUCCGAGGUAUUUUCAUUAUUUUUUGAACUAUGUAGCUAAUUAAUUAUAUCAAUUCAAGUUUUUUCGUUUCAUUAAUUCAGAUUGUUUCACGGUUUGAUAUCCAGCGAUAUCGUCAAAAAGUCAUACUCAUCUUACCAUCUCACGUAUAACCUUAAAUGAUUUUCGAAAGUGUGAAAAUGCCAUGAUGUUGAAUUGAAGCUUGAUACUUAUGCACUACUAUUUUUCAGUUUGUUUUGGUUAUAAGGUAUGCUUAUAAAAUUGGGUUUUCUGUAGUUACUAUUUGAAGUGGGUUACUUCCUAGAAAUUUCAAAAUUUACAAUUAAUUUCGAUUUGUAAAUUCUCUUCAUUGAAGGUAAUUUCUGCCUGAUCGUUUUUUAAAAAGAAUUUCUUUUCAGUUUUGGAAUUAUUUUGUAACCAACUUCCAAGGUCUCAAGUCUUAACAGCUUUGUUAUCAGUUAUUACGCUGCAUCAUUAAAGUCGUUACGAUUACGGUAUAAUUCGUGAAUUUUGUUUGUGUUCUUUCGAGUCGUGUUUUCUGAUAACUUCGGAAUCAUUUGUCGAAGUCGUCCUAAAAGUAACGCAAACAGUAUUUUUCGAUUUGAUCGCAUGUUCUCGUUGCGGUUUUUUCGGUUUUCCAUGUUGUGUCGAAAAUUUAUGUAGUGAAGAAUUUAUAAAAUCUUUGUCGCGAUAAUAGUACGUACCAUUUUUAAAAAUCGUCUCUUGUGGAGCUUUUUCGGUGUCGCUUUCGCUUUAGUGAGUCGCGAGUGUUCCUGCAACCUGCGCAGCUAUCUAUGCAUCAGUCGGCGAUCCAGUGUUCAGUAUUGGUGAGUUAUUUUAUUUUUCUACCAUACCUACCUAAUAUUUUAAAUUUAUCACGUGUAAAUACUUACUUGUACAACAUAUUUCCUAUGAUAGUUUGCGUCGUGAAAGUAUUGCUGAUAUUCUUUAUUUAAAAAAAAAAUUAAUGAACACAACACAUAUUUCCUAUGAUAGUUUGAGUUUGGGUUGUGAAAGUAUUGCUGGUAUUCUUUAUUUAAAAAAAAAAAAAAAAAAUUGAAGAACACAACCAAGCCAUGGUAUGGUGAUUUUAUUUGCUAAUAGAUUCCUGUUUGUUGGUAUGAAACUCCUAUUUAUGGAAGUAUCUGUUGACACAUUAUGGUUUGAAAUUGUCUAAUUUAAAAGCAUUUUGAAUGGAGCAUCAGUGCAUUUUAUGCAUUGCUAUCACUUAGGAUAGCACAAUGGAAUUGAAUGGAAACCUCACUCCCAACAUUUUUCUCAUCGUGAUUCACCCACGAUAAACACAAAACGUGAAGGAAUCAUGCUUCCAGAUUUGCUGGCAGAUACAAAAACUAACACAUGAUAACUUGUAACAUAACUUAUAAUUGUUAUAUUUUUAUUAAUUUUCUUUAUGAACUCAAAAUCUGCCUCUCCCUCCUUGGUGGCACUUCGGAGCUAAUUCUAAAUGAAGAUAUUCUCCAACAUUUAUCUCAUAAUUUUUCAUUGGAUUUAAUUACCUUAUUAUGAUCUGAAUAAUAUACAAAUAGUUUUUCAUUAGAUUUAAUUACCACAUUAUGAUGAAGAUACAAAUGAUCGUUGAUACAUUUUUAUUAUAUUCCAUGCAAGUUGUGGUGCUAGUGAUUAGGCCUACUUACAUCUUGGUCAAUCCCAGAGGCCACUGUAGCGAAUGUGCUUACAAAUGGCUUACCUACUUGAACUGUUGUCGUUGAAUUUGACCUUGCUAUGUAGCAUCAAUAAGGGUAUUCCCAGGUAAAAUAGCCGAAAUUGCCCUGUUCCUAGAUUUGGAAAAUUAUGACGGAUUAUUGUUGGGUACCUCGAAAAAAUUUUCAAGCGGAAUUUCCGCCCCUCAACCCCCCUCCCCUUUGGACAGUAUAUAGCUUUGCGGGAAAAAAUCGAUUCAUCUAUCCAUGAGUAGUGAGGAGAAAAUACUGCUACCACGUGGAAUGUGUAGGGGAAGCAUGGGCCUUUCAAUACGUUUUUUUUAAAUUUAUUUUUUCAUCCUAGUGGUGGGGUAAAAUUGACAGAAGAAAACUUAAAACCUCCACAGCUCCGGAUUGAAGGAUUGUGCACAAAAACUGUUUUCUUCGCCUAAAUGUGUCUUCUUACAUGUACUU